AUGAGCAUCAAUCAAGAACAACACUCCUCACUUGCAACCCUCCUCUACCCUCCUGGCGCAGAUGCGAGGGGACAAGAGGAUGCUGAGAGUCAUCUAUUGGACUAUCUAGAGCAUGAUUAUCCUCAUACCGAGACUGGAGAAGUCGUCACGCAUCAUGUCCGCACAGAUCAACCUCCCCUUGCACCAUUACCAGGUGAGAAACAACCAGCACACCCAGCACCCAGCGGAAUUUCGUCUCCCGCACAACAUCGUACCCCUCAACCAUCUUUCACAGCCUAUCAACCAGGCGAGAUACCUCGAAGUAGGAUCGAACGAUCCACCUCACCUUUAAACCCUACAAUACCCAUACCCAAUACUCUCGCUCGGCUCGCUUCUCAGACAAUCUCAAACUUAUCUUUACCCGACCCUACUCUCUUAAAGGGUCAGGAGGAGAUCGAGCAAGCAGCAUUGUUGGCCGAUGAAUAUGAUCGAGGAGAGAUGGGUGGUAAAAGGAGAAAAUUACCACAUGAAAGAGCAGGUUGGGCAGAGAUGGAUCAACAACAACAACAAGCCCAAGCAAAUCCGAAUGCAGCGAAAAGAAGAAGAACUAGAAAAUCAGAUCAUAAUACUACACAGGCCGGUACAGAAGGACAAUAUCCGAACCAUGUUGAAACGUUGCCCCCUUCAACGAGUUCUACAAACAAUCAGAGUAAUUUGAGAAACGAUAAACCCCCUAGUGCCGGCACCGGCAACGGUGUUGAUCCCUCAAAUGCGAGCAAGUACGAAAAUGAUUUCAGACAGUUGACUGAAUUGAGUCAUACGAUCUUAAAUCAAGAUAUCGACAAGACUUUCGACUCUUUGGCUUCUUCGUCCGCCAAUAACAAAGAUCAAGCUCAACCGGGAUCCGUAUCGGCAUCAGCAAUUGAUCCUGCUUUGUCGGCUUCACCUCAUGAUCAAGGUGAAGGGGCUUCUCGAGACGUCGGAGCUCAAGCUGCGCAAGAAAGCCCCGACCCCAAGCUGUCCAGGGCAGAACAGAACAAACGAGCUCAGCAGGCAUUCCGAAGAAGACGAGAAGAACACAUGAAGAAGCUCGAAAGGGAUUCUGCUCAAUUGGAAUUGGUCAAGAGACAGAUGGAACAGAAAGAUGUCUUGUUGAGGGAUUUGGUAUUGGCCCUCGAAUCAUCCAAAAUUGAAACUGCCGCUUUACGUUCAUCCAUCCAAUUCCUCAUUCCUCAUUCGUCAGUAUUCCCAUUGACCGAACAAGGUACCCUCAACCUUGGUGAAGAGGUGAAUAUCAACAAUGACACGCCCGUAUCUGAAGAGGACGUAUUGAAUGCUUUCGAGUUGCUGGAGAAACAGGCUAGGGAAGUUGCUAAAAGGAAUCAUGCUAGAAGGGAAUGA